AUGCUCAUAGCUCGCUGUGACUCCGCUGUGACUCCACAGUUAUGGACUCGUGACGAGAGGUCACCCGUGACCAGUACCCACCCCGAACCAGAAGAAGCUGCCGAUCUGUCACCUCUCCCUCUUCACAGACCAGUAAUUCCCUCAUCUCAUUGCUGGUCUCUUCAGUCCAACUAUCAGAUGUUACCAGAAGAGCGGAAAGGCGGUGGGAUGAAAGGGGAAGGAGCAGAAAGUUGCAAAAGCCACUGGAUCGGGUUGUGUUUUCGUAGAAGUAGGGACAAGACCCUGAAUCCCAAUGCGAGGACUUGCACAACGGAUCCACUUAGAGGGCGGCGGGUAGCUUUGAUGGCGCCGUGCGGUGACUGA